CCCCGUCUCCUCACUCCCCACCGUGGGUCAGAGUUGGGAGCCGGCGGCAGCGAUGCAGGCCGCAGCUAAGAAAAGUUUGAAAGACGCAGUGCAGAAUGCUGCUAAGGAGUUCCUGGCCUUUGUGGAUGAGGGGGUGUCUCCUUAUCAUGUUGUCGAAGAGUGCAAGCGGCGUCUCCGAUCAGCUGGCUUCAAGGAGCUCAAGGAGACCGAACACUGGGAUGUGAAACCUGCCAGUAAGUAUUACAUGACCAGGAAUUACUCGACAAUAAUCGCCUUUGCCGUGGGGGCCAAGUACAAACCAGGGAAUGGAUUCAGCAUGAUUGGAGCACAUACAGACAGUCCCUGCCUGCGGGUGAAGCUCAGGUCAAAGAAGACGCAGGUGGGCUACCUGCAGGUGGGAGUGGAAUGCUACGGUGGUGGAAUCUGGAACACCUGGUUUGACCGCGACCUCACCGUGGCUGGCAGGGUUCUGGUAAAGACCGGGUACGGUAUGGAGCAGCGUCUGAUCAACGUGCGUCACCCAGUCCUUCGCAUCCCCCACCUGGCCAUCCACCUGCAGAGAGAAAUAAACGACAGCUUCGGACUCAACAGGGAGACUCAGCUGGUUCCGAUCAUAGCUACAGCUGGGGAGCAGCUGGAAACAGGAGUGCAAAGCACCGGGAAUGCCUGUGAAGCCACCCAAAUGUGUAAUAAGCACCAUCCUGUCCUGCUGAACCUGAUCUGCACAGAGCUGGGAGUGAGCAUGGAAAACAUCAUGGACUUUGAGCUGUGCCUGGCCGAUACACAGCCUGCGGCCCUGGGCGGUGCUUUCAAGGAAUUUAUAUUUGCUCCGCGAUUGGAUAACCUCCACAGCUGCUACUGUGCCCUCCAGGGCUUGAUAGAAUCAACUAAGGACAAUGGGACGCUGGCAGAAGACACCAAUAUCCGAAUGAUUACGCUGUUCGACAAUGAAGAGGUUGGUAGUGGCAGUGCUCAAGGUGCAGAGUCCUGCUUGACAGAGUUAGUCCUUCGCCGACUGUCCAGCAGCAACCACAACCUGACUGCGUACGAGGAAGCCAUUCCCAAGUCCUUCAUGCUCAGCUCUGACAUGGCUCAUGCUGUGCACCCCAACUACCAAGACAAACAUGAGGAGAAUCUGAGGCCGGCUCUGCACAAGGGUCCAGUAAUUAAAUUUAACAGCAACCAGCGAUACGCCUCAACGGCUGUGACUGUGGCGAUAAUCCGAGAGAUUGCUAAUCGUGUGGCAGUCCCGCUUCAGGAUGUCAUGGUGAGGAACGACAGCCCGUGUGGGAGCACAAUCGGCCCGAUUCUGGCCGCUGGCCUAGGGCUGAGAGUGGUGGACCUUGGCAGCCCACAGUUGUCCAUGCACUCCAUCCGGGAGAUGUGCUGCACCUCCAGCAUCCACCAGACCAUGGCGCUGUUCAAGGGAUUCUUUGACUUCUUCCCAUCUGUGAACGACACUCUGACCAUUGACUGAGGCCACUGCCUUCCUGGCUCCCAGACUGAAGGCCAGUCCAUCAGCGGUCAAUGUCUCCGGACUGGACACCCCAACUAAAGUGGGCCCAACCCACACAGCCACCUCUCUCUUCCAAAGGACAGCGACUCUUAAUAAUGUAACGUCUGAUUUAGCAAGGAAUGGAAACUGCUUAUAAUCACUGCAUUGGGUUGCUUGCAACAUUGUGAUUUGGGUCUUUGUAACUCUGGAUGGAGCCCGUCAUGGACACUGGAGAUGUUGUACUUGGGGAGCAGAAACUGGGGAUGCGACUGUGCUGUGUUCACAUAAACCGAGAAGGCUUCUCUCUGUGUGGUCUGUGGCUUCUUGGUGGCAGUGUGCUGUGGGAGCACCCACAGUGUAAUGCACCACACUCUCAGGUUGAUCGUGCUGCCAUUGCUGCCUUCUCCCACUGUCGUGGAGCCUCUGGAAAAGGGCAAAGACACGAGAGACUGCAGAGGCUGGGAUCUGGAGCAACACACAAUCUGCUGGAGGAA